UCAAGCUUUGUCAAACACGUUUCUCUUCCCAUUCCCUCCAAAGUCCAUACACCCCCACCCCACCCCCACUCCCACACAACUUACACAGUCGCAGAACCUCCAUUAACGACUAGCUCGGUCGCUCGCUCUAGAAAUAGAGUUGUCGGGGACUGUCAACAUGUAUAUAAAACAGGUCAUCAUUGAAGGAUAUAAGAGUUAUCGGGAACAAGUAGCCACUGAAGAUUUCAGUCCAAAAGUUAACUGUGUUGUUGGUGCAAAUGGAUCUGGCAAGUCUAACUUUUUCCAUGCAAUCCGUUUUGUCGUAAGCGACCUCUUUCACAAUCUGCGCAGUGAAGAAAGACAGGCUUUGCUUCAUGAAGGAGCAGGUCACCAAGUGUUAUCUGCUUUUGUGGAAAUUGUAUUUGAUAAUUCAGACAAUCGAAUGCCGGUUGAUAAGGAGGAAGUACGGCUGAGAAGAACAGUCGGUCUCAAGAAGGAUGAGUAUUUCUUGGAUGGAAAACAUAUCACGAAGACAGAGGUCCAGAAUUUGCUGGAAAGUGCUGGGUUUUCUCGGUCUAAUCCCUAUUAUGUUGUGCAGCAGGGAAAGAUAGCAUCAUUGACAUUAAUGAAGGAUUCAGAACGACUUGAUCUACUGAAGGAAAUUGGAGGGACACGUGUUUAUGAGGAGAGGCGUCGAGAAAGUUUAAAAAUCAUGCAGGAAACUGGUAACAAGAGAAAGCAAAUUAUUCAAGUUGUUCAAUACUUGGACGAGAGAUUGAAUGAGCUUGAACAAGAGAAGGAGGAACUGAAAAAGUAUCAACAGCUUGACAAGCAGCGUAAAUCUCUGGAAUACACAAUUUUUGACAAAGAACUUCAUGAUGCACGCCAGAAAUUGAACGAGGUAGAAGAGGCUCGAAACAAAGUUGCCGAGAACUCUACUAAGAUGUAUGAGAGUGUGCUGGAGGCUCAUGAAAAGUCCAAGGAGCUGGAGAAGUUGUCCAAAGAUCUGACAAAAGAAAUUCAAAUUUUAAGCAAGGAGAAAGAAGCAGUAGAGAAACAGCGGACAGAGGCUAUUAGAAAGCGAGCCAAGCUUGAUCUUGAUUACAAAGACCUUCAAGAGAAGAUGUCCACAAAUAUUAAAGCUAAAGAUGAUGCACAGAAACAACUCAUGAUUCUGGAGCGAGAAGUUCAAGAAACAAAGAAUGCACUCAAUGAUAUCAAGCCUUUGCAUGAGAAACAAGUAAAAGAGGAGGAGGACAUCACUAGAGGGAUUAUGGACCGUGAAAAGAGACUUAGCAUUCUUUAUCAGAAACAAGGCCGUGCCACCCAAUUUGCGAGCAAAGCUGCUCGGGACAAAUGGCUCCAAAAAGAAAUUGAUGAAUAUGAGCGAGUUUUAUCUUCAACCUUAAUGCAGGAGAAAAAGCUUCAAGAUGAAAUUGAUCAACUCAAAAAAGACAUGAGAGAUCAAGAUGAUAUAAUCAAAGUUCGUAAAGUUGAAGUGGACAAAAAAGAAACCUUCAUAUCUGGUUAUCGAAAUGCUUAUAAUCAGUAUAAAGUGGAUAGAGACAAACUGCAUGAUGAGAGGAAGUCUCUGUGGACACAGGAGACUGAACUGACUACUGAAAUUGAACGGCUCAAGGCUGAAGUUGUGAAGGCAGAGAAAAGCCUAGAUCAUGCAACUCCUGGUGAUAUAAGAAGGGGUCUGAAUUCUGUAAGGAGGAUUUGCAGAGAGUAUGAAAUCUCUGGAGUAUUUGGACCAAUUUUUGAGUUGCUUGAAUGUGAGGACAAGUUUUUUACAGCUGUUGAAGUUACUGCUGGAAACAGCUUAUUCCAUGUUGUGGUUGAUAAUGAUGAAACAUCAACUAAAAUUAUUAGACACCUCAAUGCUCAAAAAGGUGGACGAGUUACAUUUAUUCCAUUGAACAGGGUUAAAAAACCACAUGUUAAUUAUCCACAGGGCUCUGAUGUGAUUCCGCUUCUGAAGAAAUUGAGGUUUUCUGAUUCAUAUUGUAGGGCAUUUGAGCAGGUGUUUGCAAGAACUGUAAUUUGUCGAAAUCUGGAUGUUGCCACCAGGGUUGCUCGUACCGAUGGGCUUGACUGUAUCACUCUGGAAGGUGACCAAGUUAGUAAAAAAGGUGGCAUGACUGGUGGAUUUUAUGAUCAUAGACGCUCAAAAUUGAGGUUUAUGAGCACCAUCAAACAGAAUACAGUGUCCAUCAACCUGAAGGAGCGUGAACUUGAGGAAGUUAGAUAUAAACUUCAAGAUAUAGACCAGAAAAUUAAUGAACUUGUGGCUGAGCAGCAGAAAAAUGAUGCUGGCCUGGGUCACGACAAGUCUGAGUUAGAACAGCUUAAACAAGACAUUCUUAAUGCUGAAAGACAGAAACAAUCCAUCUUAAAAGCUCUUCAAAAGAAGGAGAAACUGCUUGGUAAUAUUCUGAAUCAAAUAGAUCAGCUCAGAGCUAGUAUAGCUAUGAAACAAGAUGAAAUGGGAACAGAACUUGUUGAUCAUUUAACGCCGGAAGAGCGAGAUUCUUUGUCACGUUUGAACCCUGAAAUCACGACUCUGAAGGAGCAGCUGAUUGCUUGCAGGGCAAAUCGGAUAGAGACUGAAACUAGAAAAGAGGAGCUUGAGAUGAAUCUGUCAACAAAUCUUGAAAGACGAAAGCAAGAGUUAAUGGCUAUGAAUUCUUCUGUCGACGUUGAUAUGCUACAGGCUGAAGUUGAGAGCAAGUAUCAGGAACUUAAGGAUGCGGACUCACUAGUUGAUCAUGUCACUAAAGAGCUUACAAGGGUUUCUCGAAAUAUAGAUGAACGAAACAAGAGGCUCAAGCAGAUCAAACAGGAAAAGGAUAAUCUGAAGGCUCUUGAAGAUAAGUAUCAGAAUACACUUCAAGAUGAAGCCAGAGAACUGGAACAGAUGCUAAGUAAACGGAACACCUAUCUUGCCAAGCAAGAAGAAUACUCUAAGAAAAUUCGGGAACUGGGUCCUUUAUCUUCUGAUGCCUUUGAGACGUACAAAAGAAGGAAUGUAAAAGAAUUAUAUAAGAUGCUGCACAAGUGUAACGAGCAGCUGCAACAGUUCAGCCAUGUAAACAAAAAGGCACUUGAUCAAUAUGUAAAUUUUACCGAGCAAAGAGAAGAACUCCAAAGAAGGCAAGCUGAACUGGAUGCUGGGGAUGAGAAAAUCAAGGAACUUAUAUCUGUUCUGGAUAUGAGGAAGGAUGAAUCAAUUGAGCGCACGUUCAAGGGCGUGGCUAAACAUUUCCGUGAAGUAUUCUCUCAGCUUGUUCAAGGAGGUCAUGGGUUCUUAGUUAUGAUGAAGAAAAAGGAUGGUGAGGAAGAUGACAAUGAUCCUGAUGAUGAUGAGCCGCGUGCUGAUGCAGAGGGAAGAGUUGAGAAAUAUAUUGGUGUGAAAGUGAAGGUGUCGUUCACUGGACAAGGAGAAACACAGUCAAUGAAACAGUUAUCAGGGGGCCAGAAAACUGUGGUAGCACUGGCACUUAUAUUUGCCAUACAAAGAUGUGAUCCUGCCCCAUUUUAUCUUUUUGAUGAGAUAGAUGCAGCACUAGAUCCUCAGUACAGAACAGCUGUGGGGAAUAUGGUUCGUGAUUUGGCAGACAGGGGUAGCACGCAAUUUAUCACGACGACAUUUCGCCCGGAGCUUGUGAAAGUGGCUGAUAAGAUAUAUAGUGUGAGCCACAAAAAUAGAGUUAGCAAGGUCACUGUUGUAUCCAGGGAAGGAGCCUUAGAUUUUAUUGAGCAGGAUCAAUCACAUAACUGAUUGAGUGGCACAAGAGGUGUGGAGGGUUGGUGAAGAAGCUCUUCUGCUACUGCGCUGCUUGUUAUUGCUGAUGAAUCGUUGGUUGUGGAAUAUUGAUGCUAAUGUUUAAUGUGUUAUGGUUGUUGAUGAUUUCUGUAAAUGUAGAAAACUUUAUUGAUGUAACGUUUACUUCAUACAACUGCACUUAUGUAAUAUACAUAUAUAUGAACAUAGAUAGCUUUGAUUAUUCAUCUGUU